AUUUUACAAUCUCAAAUUUACAGUUUCAAAAAGUUGUCCGGAACGUGGUUUCAAGUUGAUGUAGUUUUUUUCUUUAUUCCUUCCAAAAAGAAGGAUAAAGGUUCUCUUUCUACAUUUUUGUGGAUUUGAUAUUUCCUUAUUAUCGAUGCUUUCUCUAUUCAGUUGUAUUUCAUCCUGUUUUUUCAACAUUUUGAUUACACAAGUAUAUUCUAAUUUGUUUAAUACAUUGUUACAAUAGUUGGGUUUUACCAGUAUCUAUUCUACUCAUUGUUGGGAAUGCUAAGAACUUGGAUAAUUGCUUCUGUUAGCUGUUUCUGGAUUGUCUUUUCAUUACAGUGAACUCAUAUUGUUACUGACCAUUAAUUUAUACUUGUUUAUGUUUAUGCUGAAUUGCAUACAUCUGGAGUUGCCAAUGACAAUUUUUCUAAUACUGGACUAGGCCACAUUAGAUCUAAGUAGUACAGGAUGACCAACCGCCAUAAUAUACUGAAGGAAUGCAAACUUGUUUAAUAUUAUAACCCGUUAUUGCUGCUAAUUAGUGGAACUUCAGAUCACAUUUUAUAGUAAAUGGAUCGCUGUGAUACUUCAGGAUUUGUGAGUGGGGGUUGUUUGUACACUUUUAGAGACACCUAACUGUAGUGUUGUCGCUAAUUUCUGUAAGCCUGGAUGACAGGCAGACUGUUCUCUGCAACUGAGUUUUGGUUUAAACAAGUGUUGUCUCAUUUAGCUAUUGGUCAUGGAUGCUAGAUUCCACAAUCUGGGUUUUGCUGCUAACCCUGUAUCUAAUGCAUUCAAGAAUCCGAGCAAUUCCAUCCAAAAUGGAGCACCUGGAGCUGGAGGUGUUUGUUAUGCUGAUAGAAUCUUACAACUUGAUUCACCUGCUUUUCCAAUCCCUUUAGCAUCUGCUCCUAAGGGAAUCAAGCGCAAAUGGAGCCUGAUAAAUGGAUCUCUGGACCAGCAAAUUAGAUCUUCAUUAUGUCUCCAGCUGGGCAGUUCUUCUGACAGAAAAGGCUGCACAGUGACUGCGUGCACCUCAUUAUCUUCAGCUAAAGAAACGGAAGGAGAGUCCACGAUGGAUCUAGAACUGGAUUUCACUCUCCAUCUUGGUCGUGAGAAGUCACAAAGUCCAAAACUAUCAGCCAGCUACAAUUUGAAAUCAUUUGAUGCAUGUCCUAAGGUUGAUUUGGAGUUGAGCCUUUCCAGUGGGCCUGCUGAAUCUGAUAUUGCAAAUGUUGAUCGAAGCUCCACAGAACCAAAAAGUAUCCUCAAAAUGCCAAUUGGCGGUGGAUCUUUAAACAUACAAAAAGGAUCAGCAGGAAGUCAUUUUUAUUCACUGCAGACUGCACCAGACAUGGAAACAAACUACUUUCUUAACAAGGCUCUAAGGCAAACUAAGUCAGCAACAGUCGUAAAAGAUAUCUCGUCAAGUGUCGUAACAACACCAAAAGUCUCAGUCACCUGUACUUCUGGGAUAACACAGCCACAACAGCAGCGUAGUAGUAGUACUAAGCAAUGUCAGUUUCAGGGAUGUCUGAAGGGAGCAAGAGGUGCUUCUGGUCUCUGUAUAGCUCAUGGUGGUGGUCGAAGGUGCCAACGACCUGGUUGCCAUAAAGGAGCCGAGGGUCAAUCUGCAUUCUGCAAGGCUCAUGGUGGUGGCCGACGUUGUGAAUUUUUAGGAUGUACAAAAAGUGCAGAAGGACGUACAGACUUUUGCAUAGCUCAUGGCGGUGGUCGGCGUUGCAGCCAUGAGGGUUGCUCUUGUGCAGCCAGGGGGAAAUCUGGAUUAUGCAUUCGACAUGGCGGUGGCAAGAGAUGCCAGAUAGAGAACUGCACGAAGAGUGCCGAAGGCCUCUCUGGCCUUUGCAUAUCACAUGGAGGUGGCCGCCGAUGUCAGUAUCCGGAAUGCACUAAAGGGGCUCAGGGAAGCACAAUGUUUUGCAAGGCUCAUGGAGGUGGCAAACGCUGCACAUUUUUGGGGUGCAACAAGGGUGCAGAAGGAAGUACAAGUUUCUGCAAGGGCCACGGUGGAGGGAAGCGCUGUACAUUCCAAGUUGGGGUUUGCCCAAAGAGUGUACAUGGAGGGACCCUUUUCUGCGUAGCGCAUGGAGGCGGCAAAAGGUGUGCUGUCCCAGAUUGCACAAAGAGCGCCAGGGGGCGUACUGACUUUUGUGUCCGUCAUGGUGGGGGCAAGAGGUGUAAAUUUGAAGGGUGUGAAAAAAGUGCUCAAGGCAGCACUGAUUUCUGCAAGGCCCAUGGUGGUGGAAAGAGAUUCUCUUGGGGUCAGCCUGGUUCUGAAUUUGGCAAAAGUUACAGUCCCUGUAACUCAUUUGCCAGGGGGAAGACUGGACUCUGCACAUCUCACAGUGCCCUGGUUAAGGACAAAUCUGUUCACAGUGGUGCUGCCACUAUUGGAUCUGUCUUCCAGGAGUCCAAGUCCAACCAACCUGCUAAGAUGAAUGGCAUUUUAACUGCUGAGGACGAGAGCGUUGAAAUAAGUAAGAUUGAAGAUAAUGUUGUGACUUCUGCCAACAUUUGGAAUUACCAUGCUCUUCAGCAAUCUCAUCUGCAUAUUGGACGUAGCCCAUCUCUGGGUACAAUCCCAGAAGGAAGGGUGCAUGGAGGAAACCUGAUCGCAAUGUUAGUGGGCAGUUCUGGUAUCAGCCUCACUAGCCGUAGAGACAUGGUCAGUCCAAGCCUGGAAAAUCUUUCAGGACACAUCAAACCAUGAUGUAAGAAAGAUUUUGUAUAUAGUUUUUCUAAUUUGGUUUUAAAAGCACAGUUUCUGUGCAUGUACUUGUGUCUGUUUUGCAUUUCGUGUCUGCUUUGCAUUUCGUGUCUGCUUAGUGAUUUGAAUAUGAGAAACUCUUCUCUCCUAUUUUUUUAUUAAGGAAGUCUUCAUCUUACCAUUAAGCUUGUGUGACAAUAAAGGAGAAAUCAGCUAGGCUGGUUAGCCUACUGAGAAAGCAUCAUCCUUUUUUUUUCUUUUCAUGUAAAGAGUUGCUUUUCUUCCAUGAAGGUUUUCGUAGUAUGUGUACUGUAGAGGCAAAUGAUAUUUUAUUAUAAAAUAAUGUUUCUGACUU